AUGGAAUGGAACCUCGGCAAUCCAACCAAGUCCGAUCCUGUUAACGAAGUGGUCAAGGAAGUCAAGAAAGCGGAGACUCAACACCGCGGCAAGAAGUCCUGUGCCACCAGGGAUUUGACGGAAACUGAGUAUCGCAAGGUGGUCCAUGAACUCUACGCAAAGGGAGCUUUGAAUGACCAUCCGUACAGCCUGCAUGUUGAGCAGCAAGUCCAUCUCAUCACCAGGACGGACGACAUCUCCAAGUUGAAGUAUUCCGACUACAAGCCGCAUCCAGACUUCCUUUUGCGCUCAGUUGCAAGGGCAUUGGUUCAAGAAUAUUUCGGAAGAACGACAAUGCCCUGA